AAAAAGGAAGAAGUGGUGUUUACGUCAACUUAGCUGUGUUGCUAAGACACGAUAGCGAUAAAGAAGUCCAGGGAUUUAUGUGGCGUUUGUUUAAAAUAUCGUGAAAAAAAUUAAUGUUGAGAAUGAGACAAUAAUAAAUGAGUGUUGUGUGUGUGGGAGAGAGAGAGAAAGAGCGAGAAAAGAAAGAAAUGUGAGCCGGAUGCUAACUUUGUUGAUAGUAAACAGAAGAGACCACACAAGCGUCGAAUCUAAUCGAAAAGAUUAAACAACAUCUGAGUGAAAAUGGACACAAACGUGCAGAAAAGGAGGGAAAAUAAAAAAUCGUUGCGGAUUAAAGUUAUCAGUCUCGGGAAUGCAGAAGUUGGUAAGAGUUGCAUCAUUAAACGAUACUGUGAGAAACGAUUUGUACCCAAGUAUCUGGCAACAAUUGGGAUCGAUUAUGGUGUGACAAAAGUUCAAGUACGGGACAGGGAAAUAAAAGUAAACAUUUUUGACAUGGCAGGACAUCCCUUCUUUUAUGAGGUCCGCAACGAGUUCUAUAAGGACUCGCAGGGGGUGAUUCUGGUGUAUGAUGUCGGACUGAGGGAGAGUUUUGAUGCCCUGGACAGCUGGCUCACAGAGAUGAAGCAAGAGAUGGGCUCACAAGCCAAUUUGGAGAGCAUUAUUUUUGUCGUUUGUGCCAACAAGGUGGACUUGACUAAAAGGCGUGUGGUAGAUGAGAGUGAAGGCAGGUUGUGGGCAGAGAGCCGAGGUUUUCAAUAUUUUGAGACGUCUGCUCAGAGUGGUGAAGGCAUCAGUGAAAUGUUUCAGAGACUGUUGUGUGUGAAAACCCAAGGAGAUCAGCAGUUUCUGAAAUACUCAAACCAAUCCAUCUGGCACCUGGCCUUUUUUUCCUCGAUUACUGAUAUGUGUGAGAAUGGAGGGAAGAGACCAAACCCAGAGGUCAGUAUUGGCUUCACCAAAGAACAAGCUGACACUAUACGACGUAUUCGCAACAGUAAAGACAGCUGGGACAUGCUGGGAGUAAAGCCAGGGGCAACAAGAGAGGAAGUCAACAAGGCAUACAGGAAGCUUGCUGUGCUGCUUCACCCGGAUAAGUGUGUGGCACCAGGCAGUGAGGAUGCCUUUAAAGCGGUGGUCAAUGCACGAACAUCCUUGCUGAAAAAUAUCAAGUAGUAUCCAGACCAACAUGAACAUACUGGUUUAAAGAAAGGGUUUAUGACAAGAAAAGCAUUAUGUUUGCAUACUGAAAAUGAUGUCAUACAACUCUGUUUUCCUCCAUCUCAAUUGUGUUAGUGACAUAUUUUAAGUUAAGUGUGUGUGUUAAACAUAUUUCAAAAUGUGUGAUCAGAUAUUUGGUGAUGUGAUGCCUUCAGACUUGUAAUAAGAGCCUCAGCUGGUUUAUUUAGCUCAUUUAAUUUAUUUAACCUCUGAAUGUGUCAGGUAGCUCCUUAACCAAGAAACUUUAAGGUACCAUGGUUUACAGUUAUCAUUUCUUCAUGUGGUUAUGGAUGCUGCUAUUUUGUUUUUGGGUUGCCUGCUGAUCCUUGAAGCUGAAUAAAUAAAGAUUUCACAUUGAGGGUGCUGUACUCAAACACGCAAGCUUCUAUAAUGCUGUGUAGUGUAUCUGUGGUGCCACAUAUAUAUAAUAGGCAAUGUAAAAAUAAAGGUUGUAUGCCCUUUUCAGGAUUUAGCCUUAAUCCAUUCUACAGUUGCCACAUCUGGUUAUCAUAUCAGGAAUCUCAAUCUGAGACAUACAACUAGAUCAUAAUUUUGUGUCGUUUAGUCUAAGAAGGAAGCACAGAUUACGUUAUUGCUGUGCUAUAUGUGUGUAGGUUUUAAUUAUUUCUGUAUAAAUAUGUUUACCCUGAUACUGUUGUGGC